GUCAACACCAUGGACCAAGACGUCAACAUGGAUAGCAAUCAACAACACACCAACCCCCCAAAUCAAAGCCGUCAAGGCAAUCAAAACCAGCAAACCAAUCCCCCAAAUCAAAGCCAUCAAGGCAAUCCAGGCAAUCCAGGCCAACAAAUCAAUCCCAACCGGCAAAACAACACACGGUCCCGGCUACGAUAUCCCCCGCACAUAUACGUGCCUACAGAUGGCUACAUCGACGUCUCCACACAAGCUCACCACAAUCAAAUUCCCACUCAUUUGGGAGAACAAGCCUGCGCACAUUGUCUCGAGCGGUUUGCGGAUCACGUACAACCAGACUUCAUGCUCACAGAAACUGGUCCUGAUGGUAACACCCGGACAAGACAAUCUUCACGUGCUUGCCGAAACGCGUGCGCAUUUUGUGGCACGUUUGACCAUCAGGGCUCUGUUUGUCCAAGGCUUUACGCAAUUUCGAAUUGGCUGAAUAACCAUUAUGGGUACGAUGCGGGUGAAGUCAUACCAAAUCUGCACCAGGUCCGGCCCGAUCCACAGGAGCACCGCACUCUCACUGCGAGGGGAUUCAUCAAUGGGGAAUAUAGUGCCUCAAGGGUUCCACUUUUCACUGAACUUGCCUGGCAGUCGCGUGGAAUGAGUCUGACCCAGCCGGCAACUGCGGCAACACAAAUCGCUCGUCCUUGUCCCUACGUUCGCAGUAUACUUGCACGGCAGCACGGAGACAGUCAAACUCCUAGAAAUUCCACUUCUAGAUCCAACAACUCAGCCCCAAAUUGGCAACAGCGCAGCUCAGUGCAGUCUUGUGGGUAUCAAAACCGAGGACAGAACAGCAAUUCAACGAGAGGUUCCACAUUGCAGAAUCCCCCUCGGCCACAGGCAAACCCAGCACAGCUGCAGAACCCCGUUCAAGAAACGUCUUACCCAGCCUUCCAAUACAACCCAGCACAGCUGCAAACCCCCGCCCAAGGGACAUCUUACCCAGCCUUCCAAUACAACCCAGGGCAGCCGCAAAUUACCGCUCAAGGAACGAAUUACCUGCUCCAUCCGCAGUACUCUAAUCCUCACGUUCCUCAGCCGCACACUGGUUAUUACCAUACAGCGCAACCCUUUCCCCACAUGCCCCAGGUGUUCAUCAAUCCUCCACAGGCCCUUAUGACACCUCAGCCGUACAACGGCUUCUAUACACCACCAAGCUCUGAGUUCUUGGUGACUCCUGCAAUGGGUCAAUUCACUUUCCUGGCGGAUACUCAGAUGCCCACCACUGCCCCCCCAGCCCAGCCUCAGAUGCAGGCAACUGCCCCCCCGCCAUCACCUCAGCGCCAAGCAGAGCGCUAUCGAAUAAUAGAAGAAAUAGAAGAGGCCGUGGGAGAAUAUUUUCAUCGUGGUAAUCGACGUCUCAGGCGUGAGGAUACAGCGCAGGAUGACCCGGAAGAGCCCCGGCGACAACGACGUCGCGUCGAACAACCACAGCAAGCUCAACGGUACAAUCAGCCUUCAAAUAACCGUGGCCGGUAUUCCCGCAACCGCACAGAUUUCUCAAACAACCGCGGCCAGUCCUAUCGCAGCCGUGGCCGAUCCUCACACAACCGCGGUCGCGGCAACCCCACAGCAGGUGCACCACUUAUUGAUUCAACUACUCUUGAUCGUUCACAAAUAGGACGUAUCACUGAGUAUUCUAUGCCUGCAUCUAACACCGGUCAUACACAAAACCGUGACCUGGGUCGCGGGCGUGGACGUGGGCGUGGGCGCCCUCAGCGCUCCACCCAUCCUGGCACCUCGGAUCAAGACGCCAUGGAUGUGGACGAAGAGGAUCGCCUUUGCGUACUCUUUGAUCGUCUCGACACGGCCGAAGACACCCACUAGGCCGUCGUCCCUCCAUCUUCCUCUCCUUAUUCUUUCUUUUGCUUAUCUUCUUAUAUUCUGGUUGAAAACAUCGGACCUGGGCUGCAAUGUCCACUAAAUUAGACAUAGGCU